AUGAGUAAUUCAUUAGAAGUAUGUGUCAAAGAAAGUAUAAAGAUUGAUUUGUUGGAACAUACUAACAGUUGGUUUUUCAGGAACGUUUGAAGACUCAUUCAUCUGCUUUUGAUGGGUUAUUAUCUUUGAUACCUGCUAAAUAUUAUUAUGAUGAUGCAACAAAAGAUCAAUGGCAACAAAAGAAGAAAUCAAAACAAGAAUUGAAACAAAAUAAGAAAUUGAAAUUGGAUCCAAAUUCAAAAAAGAAUGCAAAUGAAUUAUCAAAUGGUCAUGCAAGUGCAAAAGAUGUAAUGGACAACAAAGCAAAAAAUGCAACUAAAGUAAAUUUACCAAAAUUAAUACAUAAAAAACAAGAAGAGGAUGAGGAUGAGGAAGAAUUAGAGGAAGAGAAAGAAGAAGAAGAAGAAGAAGAAGAAAUACAGUCCACUUCAGACUCAGAUGAAAGUGAGGAAAGUGAGGAAAACGAUAUAAAUGAAGAAACUAAGAGUGAAGAAGAAGAUUUUAUAAAUCAAAAUAAUAAUUUAGUUUUUGAUGACGAUGGUAAUGAAUUAGAAUCUGAGAAAUAUGAAUUCAAAAAGGAAAGUACUCAAAAAAAUGGCAAAGGUAAUAAUAAACUCGUUUCACCAGACGAAGAACAAAAGAGAAAAGAAAAUUUAGCUAAAUUACGUGAAAAAUUAGAAUCAAAGAUAAAUACUCUAAGAGAAAAACGAAAAGCAGUGGGUACAAAAGUCAAUGGAGCCCCUAAAUCUCGUGAACAAAUAUUAGCUGAACGUAAAAGAAAAGAUGAAACAAAGAAACAACAAAAGAGGAAACAUGAAGAAUUAGAAGAAGAGGAGGAAGAAAUGGACUCCGAUGAUGAUAUUGAUGAAGAAGAAGAUGUCAAAGAUAAUAAUAUAUUAUUUGGUAAUAUUGUAUUUGAAGAUGGCACUCAAAUGACAUCAGAUUUAUCAAAAGUGCGUAAUUCAAGUGAUAAAAAGAAAUUAAAAGGACCAGCAAAUAGAGAUAUAAAAGCACAUUUACAAAAAUUGGAAAAAAAGAAGCAAAAAUUAUCAAAUUUAUCACCUUCAGAAAAGGCAAAACAACUUGAAAAAGAUAAAUGGCAAAGAGUAAUGGCUCAAGCAGAAGGUAUAAAAUUAAAAGAUGACGAAAAACUACUAAAAAAAUCAUUAAAACGUAAAGAAAAACAAAAAUUAAAAAGUGAAAUUGAAUGGAAAGAACGUAAACAAUUUGUAAAAGAUUCAGUUGCUGCAAGAGCUAAAAAGAGGGAAGAAAAUUUAAAAGCAAGAAAAGAAAGUAAAGGAUUAAGUAAAAAAGCUAAGAAACAUCAACCAAAAUUGAAAAAGUUUACUGGACUUAUUAAUAAUAAAAAUGGUAAAAAGAAAAGAGCUGGUUUUGAAGGAAGUGCAAAAUCAAAAUCAAAGAAAUGA